AAAUCUCCUGCCCUCUAUGUGUCGAUGUGUAUGGAAGCUUCAGACAGCUUCGGAUCUGAAUCCAUGUCUAAAAGGCGCAAAUACUCGGAAGACUACCUCAACAUUGGCUUCACCACAAUGCUCGCCAAAAACGGCGUCGAGAAACCACAAUGCGUCUUGUGCGAUGUUGUCCUGAGUGCGGACUCGAUGAAACCUUUGAAACUCAAGCGUCACCUUGAGACGAAGCAUCCGGAACAUUCAGAGAAGGAUUUGGAGUUCUUCAAACGCCAUGAGCUUCGUCUCAAACGUCAAAAGCUCGAUGCUAGUGGGUCUUUUCAGCAACAGAGUGCAGCAGCAGUGGAGGCCUCUUAUGAAGUUGCAUUGGAAAUUGCCAAACAAAAAAAGCCUCACACGAUUGGAGAAACACUUAUCAAACCCUGCAUAUUGAAGAUGGUAAAGCUCGUACUCGGGGAGGCCAGCGCGAAGAAGAUGCAACAAGUAUCUCUGUCGAAUAAUACUCUUCAGAAGCGUAUUUCUCAUAUGUCUAUCGAUGUGAAAGAGCAGGUUUUGGAUGAAAUUAAAGCUUCUCCGUUGUUCUCCUUUCAACUCAACGAAUCAACAGAUGUGAGUUCAUGUUCUCAGUUGCUUAUCUUCGUGAGGUACAUUCAUUCAUACGUCAUCGAAGAAGAAUUCUUGUUCUGUAGUGCACUUGAAACCACUACAACAGCUGAUGAUGUCGUGGAAAAGGUCUCUACCUUUUUUCAUACCGAAGGUUUGCAAUGGGGAAACGUGUGCGGGGUUUGUACGGACGGAGCACCAGCUAUGCUAGAAUCGAAGUCAGGAUUCCAGAUAAGAGUAAAGAAGCUGGCUCUCCAAGCUAAGGGCAUCCACUGCAUCAUCAACCAGUAUGCUCUCGCCAAUAAGACCCUUCCUGCCUCUCUGCGGGAAGUGCUCAAUUCUGUGAUCAAAAUUGUGAAUUACGUGAAGGCAGGAGCACCCAACACUCGUCUAUUCAAAGAACUCUGCAAAGACAUGAGUGCUGACCAUGAGGUCCUUCUCUUCUACAGGGCUGUACGUUGGUUGUCGAAAGGGAAUGUUGUGAAUUGUGUCUUCGAGAUGAAAGACGAAAUCAGGUUCUUUCUGGAAGUGCAAGAAAAGAGAGAUCUUCUGACUCACUUCGAUGACGAAACAUGGAAUAAAAGGGUUGCGUACCUGGCGGACAUUUUCGACCAGCUGAACAAGCUGAAUUUGAAACUUCAGGGAAGGGAAACACAUGUUCUCCUAUUUCAAGACAAUCUACGGGCCUUCAUAUCCAAACAGCAGAACUGGCGUCAGAUUGUCAAUUUUGGGAACAUCGCCAUGUUUGAAAAACUCUGCGGAGUGAUGGACGAGUCUGAGGGCGAACUAGAUCAGUUCCUGAAGGAUGAGAUUGCCGGACACCUUAAGUCUCUAGAAAAGGAAUUUCAGUGA